AUGUCGGAGAAACGUCCACUCUCUCUGCAGUCGUCACGUACGCGCCAGCGGCUUCCGACACUCGCCGAGGUGCUGGCGCGUCGUACGCUCCCGCCUGUCGAUCUAUACUGCUUCUACCUGUAUCUGCAGCGCGAAGCAGCCGAAGAUGCGCUCGACUUCUGGCUCGACGUGCAGCAGCACGAGAACCUGUGCAGGGCGUACUUCAAGGACCUCCGCAAGUCUGGCAAGUCGGUCAAGGAGGACUGGCCCCAGUACUACGCAGAAGCGCUCGAGCGCGGCAGCAUCUACAACAAGAUCAACGGCAUCAACGAGCAGAGCGCCGACACGGGCGCACCGUCGCGUCGCGGGCCCGACAGUAGCUGGGACCACCAGAGCCGAGUCGAGAGUCCCGACGCCGCCUACUCGACGAUGUCGCACGCACCCAGCCCGGUGCCUGCUGCUGCCACUGCAUCUGGCGCGCCACUUGCAGCCCCACGCUUUCCCGGAGACCCAGACUACCUUGCGCAGCAGACACGCGCAGAGAGGAAGAGCAUCCUUGCAAAGCGCGGAUCCGUCGCACCCACCGUCAUCUCGCGCUCGGCAGCGAUCACCAGGACGGACCUGAUCGCCUCGGCGGAACGCAUCUACGCGAGGUACCUGCUGCCUGGGUCUGAAAAGGAGAUCUACCUGCCGGGACCGCUGAGGAUCCACUCGUUCCCGAUCUCGUCGUCGACCUUGCCGCAUCCGCAGGACGCGGAGCAGCAGAGGGCGCUGGCGCGAAUUCCCGACAUGUUCCAUGCACAGAAGGAGUACGUCUUCCGCACCAUGGAGGCGGACAUCUUUCCGCGCUUCCUGCGGGCCAAGGCGUUUGGCAAUCUCACGCCCAUCUCGGUGCUGGUCAGGCUCUCGCUUGGACUGCUGGCCUUGUGGGCGGCCUUGGCGACGGCGUUCAGCUUCAUCUUCUUGGAUGUGGGGCGUGCCAAGCGCUGCUGGGUGAUUCUGCCGUUUGCCGUGGCAGUGCUGUUGCUCAUGUCGCACCAGUACGAGCUGGAUCCCAUCCUGGUGCUCUUGGCACAGAGCGAGACCACGCCCUUCCGUCUGAUUAGGAUACGCGAGCACUACGUGCACAGGCUGCUGCUCCAGCGUGCACUCAGCGUCCUCCUGCUCGUCGUGCUCAUCACAGCGGCUCUGACAGUGCUCUUUGUCUUUGUUCCGGGUCACAGACUUUAA